GAAGCCGCGCACGCGCAGACCUUCGGGUGCCGUGCACUGUAAGAGCGAGUGCCGGCGGCGACCUCUUGACGUGGCACUUCCUCAGCUGGUGGAUACAGUGUAACACCGAGAGCAACCUCAGCAAAAAAAAACAACACCCCCACAACGCACCGGCUCCACCGGGCACCAGCUUGGAGAUCGCGACCUCUCCGCAGCACCAGCAAGCAACCGGCUACCGGUCUCAACCAGGUUUUGGAUCUACAUUAUCUAAGGAAUGAGCAUUUUCUAAACAAAAAUGAGUCAUCAAGGAUAUGUUGCAACACCACCUUAUUCUCAAGCUAAACCUGGAAUGGGAGGAUAUUCUGCUGGCUUUAGUUCAGCAACUUCUCAGCCGCAUUAUGGCCACUAUGGUGGAACAGCUCAACCAUAUUCUGCAGCUCAAACAGGACCUUUAAAACCACUGUCUUCACCUCAUGGAUCUUCAAUGUCUGUUGGUCACCCACCACCUGCUCCUGGCCAGUUUGGCCAAACUAGCCUCCAGAAUGGAAUAUAUAAUCCUGGAAACCAGAUGCCAAGCCAUGCAACUCCUCCUCCACACGGUGGUCAAACACCUCCUACUCAAUCCCAUGGUUCUAAAUCACAGGCAAAUUACCAGAACACUGCACCACCUGUAUUCACACAGCAUGUCAGCAAUCAGCUUGGUGCAAUGCAAAUAAGCAACUAUGGUUCUUCUCAAGCUCGUCCAUGCAGUACUCCAUCAUCAUGUGGACCACCACUCCAGCCUUCAUUCCAAGGGUCUGAACCACAACAACUUUUACCUUCCAUUCCACCUCCUGCAGCUCAAGGUCUGUCUGUUCCCCCUGGUGUCCCAUCAGCUACAGUGCCCCCUGGAAUGGUUCCUCCUCCUCCUCCUGUAGGCAUGCCUGUUGGUCAUGCUGGACCCAGUCAUGGCAAUGCUAGCUAUCAGCAGGUUCCAGGCCAGCCUUCCAUGACUGCAUACUUACCACAGCAUGGAGGUAUGUAUGGUGCGCAGCAAAGAGGCCUUCAGCCAAACUAUCCUGGUGCCUAUCCAGGGGCUCCAGCGACUGGUGCACAGCUUGCUGGACCUCAACAGAAGAAACUUGAUCCUGACUCUAUCCCUAGUCCAAUCCACGUUAUAGAAGAAGAUAAAGUUCGAAGAUCAGGACAGCUCUUUGUAACAAAUACCAAGGGCCAAAUUCCUCCCCUUGUUACCACCAACUGUGUGGUACAGGAUCAAGGAAAUGCAAGCCCUCGUUUUAUACGCUGCACAACUUACUGCUUCCCUAGUACAGCAGACAUAGCCAAACAAUCUCAGGUUCCAUUGGCAGCUGUUAUCAAACCAUUUGCAUUAUUACCACCAAAUGAGGCACCGAUCUGUGUUGUGAGCCAUGGAGAGAGUGGACCAAUUCGCUGUAACAGAUGUAAAGCCUACAUGUGUCCAUUGAUGCAGUUCAUUGAAGGUGGACGGAGGUACCAGUGUGGAUUCUGCAGUUGUAUCAAUGAAGUCCCUCCAUUCUACUUUCAACAUUUGGACCAUAUGGGUAGAAGAUUGGAUCACUAUGACAAGCCAGAAUUGUCGCUUGGAUCCUAUGAAUUCAUUGCUACUUUAGACUACUGCAAAAAUAGCAAGCCUCCUAAUCCACCAGCCUUCAUCUUCAUGAUUGAUGUGUCGUAUUCCAAUAUCAAAAAUGGUUGUGUGAAGCUAAUAUGUGAGGAACUUAAGAACCUGCUGGAUAAAUUACCAAGGGAAGAUCACGCGGAGAUCUCUGCCAUUAGAGUUGGCUUUGUCACUUACAACAAGGUUCUCCACUUCUACAAUCUGAAGAGUAGCCUCGCCCAGCCACAAAUGUUGGUGGUGUCAGAUGUUGGAGAGAUGUUUGUUCCUCUUCUGGAUGGCUUCCUUGUGAAUGUCCAGGAAUCUCGACCUGUCAUCAACAACCUACUGGACCAGAUCCCUGAAAUGUUUGGUGACACCAGUGAGAGUGAAACUGUCUUUGCUCCAGUUAUCCAGGCUGGUCUCGAAGCUGUGAAGGCCGCAGAAUGUUCUGGGAAGCUAUUUAUAUUCCACUCAUCCCUGCCAACAGCUGAAGCACCGGGCAAAUUGAAAAACAGAGAUGACAGGAAGCUAGUGAACACAGACAAAGAAAAGGUUCUUUUUCAACCACAGUCAAAUUUCUACGAGACCUUGGCAAAGGACUGUGUAGCCAAUAGCUGCUGUGUGGAUGUCUUUCUGUUUCCAAACCAGUAUGUGGAUGUUGCAACCAUGGGGAUUGUGCCAAUGUCUACUGGUGGUAGUUUGUACAAGUACAGUAAUUUUCAGAUACAGACUGAUGCUGAACAUUUCUUGAAUGACCUAAGAAAAGAUAUACAGAAGCCAAUAGGAUUUGAUGCUAUAAUGAGAGUGAGGACAAACACAGGCUUCAGGGCGACUGACUUCUUGGGUUCCAUGUAUAUGAACAACACAACAGAUGUGGAAGUGGCAGCCAUUGACUGUGAUAAGGCAAUCACAGUAGAAUUCAAACAUGAUGAUAAACUCAGUGAAGAGAAUGGAGCCUUAAUCCAGUGUGCCUUGCUGUAUACUAAUGUGGCUGGUCACAGACGCCUGCGUAUCCAUAACCUGGCUCUGAACUGCAGUUCUCAGCAUGCUGAUUUGUACAAGAGCUGCGAGACAGAUGCACUUAUCAAUUUCUUUGCCAAAUCAGCAUACAGAGCCAUUCUAAGCCAACCUCUAAAGACUGUUCGAGAGAUACUGGUUAACCAAACAGCCCACAUAUUGGCUUGUUAUAGGAAGAAUUGUGCCAGCCCCUCAUCUGCUGGCCAGCUCAUCCUUCCAGAGGCCAUGAAGUUGCUGCCAGUCUACAUGAACUGUCUCUUAAAGAGUUAUGUUUUACUGGGGAGUUCUGAACUUCCUACAGAUGAGCGAGCUUUCCAACGACUAUUGGUCACUUCUAUGGAUGUGGUCAGCACCCAAUCCUUUUUCUAUCCACGGCUUUUACCUAUCCACAAGAUGGAUGUAAAUAGUGAGGAGAUUCCUGCUGCUGUUCGUUGCUCAGAGGAACGUUUAGCUGAUGGAGGAAUCUUUUUGUUGGAGAAUGGGAUAAAUAUGUUCCUGUGGCUGGGACUGAACUCUCAACCUGAGCUGAUCCAAAGCAUCUUUAAUGUACCCUCCUUUGCACAUAUCAACACAGACCUCACCUCAUUACCUGAACUGGACAAUCCAUAUUCAAAGAAGAUUAGGUCAAUCAUUGCCAACUUAAGAAACCAGAAUCCUUUUUCCAUGAAGUUAAUAAUAUUAAAGCAAAAAGACAAAUCAGAGGGGAUCUUCAGACAGUUCCUAGUGGAAGAUAAAGGCUUGCACGGAGGAGCUUCUUACAUGGAUUUCCUCUGCUAUGUUCACAAAGAGAUCCGUCAGCUCCUCACCUAAAGCCCUCCUUGACCCGUUCUGGUGGAUGCCUUUUUAUUUAGCCUCACAAGAAAAAGGAACAGUGUAAACCACACAUAUUUAAAAUUAUACAUCAGUGUAUUUUCUUCAUGACUGUUAGUGUCAGGGCUUGAGUUUUCUUAGAGGAAACUUGUUUUGAACUUAACAGAAAAUCUAGUAUUCGCUAUUUUAUAAUAACUCAAUUGCUAGUAUCGAAAUGUCACUGAUAAAUAAAAUAGUUGCUAUUAAUACAUAUAUAUUUAAUAUAUGUAAGCAUAUGUGUACAUUUGACAGUAUCAGUACUCUCAUCUGUAUAUGCAGUUAUGUCUUAACUGAUUUAAAACUGCAACUCCUUCACUACAAUGUCAGUAACAAAACACUGUUGCUACAUGGUGAUAAAUAAACUAGGUGAUUUUUUUUUCUUUUUUUUAAACAAUUUUAAACAACUAAGUAUUUUGAUUCCAAUCAACUGGAUGUGUGCAGAAGAUAAUAAAAUAGGAGCAGUUUAGCAAAUCUCACACCAAAGCAAAACAGCAAUGAAGUAGAACAAUGUCAUCCAAAUUAUUUAUGAAUUUGAUGCCAUUUACUUGAACAGAGGCUGGCAGUUGUUGCAGAGGUUCUUCAAAACAUAUGAAACUUCUUACAAUGUAAUCUCAAGGUGGUGAAGUUGCGGGCAACAAGAAGAAGCUAACUGUAAUACUUACGUCUUAAUUUCAGUUUUAUUACUUUUGACAAUUUUGGAUAAGUCCAUUCCCAAAAUCAGUAAUUGAUAAGAAACAGCAAAUUUGAGUUGUAUUCUCCCCGAACAUCAAUCCACCCCUGCCUCCCUACCGAGUUUAUUGCUGCAAUUUAACAUUUACAGGGUAGAGUACUGAAAAUCUUAUGUCGGGGUAUGCACAUUUUUUCAAUUACACAUCCUCAAAAUUUAUUUUCUGUAUUUUUUUGACUGAUACCUAUUUCCAAGUAGAGCUAGAUUAAUAUGCAAAAACUAUAACCGAUUUCAUUCUUUCAUAGUAUUGGUAAAUUAACUGAAGUAAUCAUUUUUUGUGCAAAGGGCCAACGGUCUUAAAUAGUUAUUUUAUUUUGCUUCAUGCAUUUUGUCUUUACAGUAUUUCUGAAGUGUCACUAAUGGACAGUGUGUUAAAUUUACUUCAUAGUAUUGUGUGCUGUUGUGAUUUAUAGUCACAUACAUUUUGUACAUUGGAUUUCCACUCCUGAUUGUCAUUGCUGCUUUUUUCAAAAGGGACAAAGUAUCUUGUCAUGCAGCAUAAUGUUUGACCUUUCCUAGGCACGAUGUUGAAUGAUACAGAAUGAUAUUACAAAUAACCUGUCAUCAAAGCAUAAAAUUAGCAUUUGUCACGCCAGCAUCAUUAUCUCGCAGGGCUGAUUGUACUGCACAGAUGACUUUCACAAUCUGAUCACUGCAACUUUCUAAAGUGUGAUUGAGGGGGAGUAAGUGCAGGGUGGUAGAGGGCUGUCAGGAUUGGUGGUAAAGAACAGCCAACUUUGAGCUAAUCAGGUCUGGCAGCAUCUGUGGACAGAAAGCAGAGUUAAUGUUUCGGAUCCGAUGACCCAUCUUCAGAUGACCCAUCUUCAGAUGACCCUCCUUAAUCAUUCGAAUAGGUGCAACACAAUGGCACAAUUAAAACACAGUUUAAAGAAGGGAUCAAGGAACAGAUAACUCAGCGGUCAUGAUCCUUGCACUUAUGCUGGGAUGGUGUUCACUGAUGCUGAUCCAGUGGGAUAUAUGAGGUCAGCAGAAGGGCACCUAAUGUACAUGGGACUUACCUUGGCUAAUAAAGGCCCAUUUCUUGAUCAGCACAGGCGAAAUCAAGGGCCUAGCUAUCAGAAUGUUCACGAAAUGUGACUAAAUACCAUAUUGUAUAUUAGUUAGAGGUGCAUGCAAUAUUCAGUCAUGAUCUAAUACAGGAAUGGUGGUGAUUUGUAUUCAGCGCCCAUUUCUUGCCCCGAAUCAAUACUACAUCCAGUUUCUGGCCCUUUAUCUCAGCUCAGCAACCCCUCCCUCCCACUUUGACAGUUUGCCCUGUCUGAAGAAGGUAAGAACAAACAGGAGAUUGCCAGAAAAAAACAGUGAUAUGAUGCCACCUGUCUCUACCAUUUUCUGAGGAAUUUCAUCAGUCUCUCACUGGAGCUAUAGCAGGACGGCAGUGGAAACCUAAGGAAUUUCACCCUCAACUAAUAUAAUGCAUGAAUAUGGUUAUGUGGACUUAGAUAAAUUAUUCCAAAUGUUGUGUAUGAACAAGUAGGAAAGAAAGCUUGCUAGAUGCAAGUGCAGAAUUGAAAGUCACGUGCAGUCCUAUCUCCCACCAAUGCUUGAUUGUAAUGAGUGGAGAGCCUCUUAAUUUCUGUUGGAAGAAUUUUGCACACUUAAUUCUGUAAAUCUUUCAAAAUACAUAACAAACAUUAACUGAGUUAAAUAUAUGUAAAUAAAUGCAAAGCACAAUGAAAGGUUGAAUACCUGUACUCUUCAAUAGUUUUUUUUUAGGUUUGGUGACAUAAAUUUUAUAUCAACAUGCCUUUUUAUGUCAGGGAGCGUUGGAGUAAAGUAAACAAAUUUAAAUUUGCCUGUAACUUUGAAAAACUGUCACAAGACAAGAUCUUUUCAGCUUGCAAUCUUUUGUGGUAUGUAGUUGAUGAGGAGAGAGAGCAAGGCAAAUAGUUGAUAACUGUUAUGAACUGAUGGUUUUAUUUAUCCCCAAGUCAUUGUUUCAAUCAUGUUUAUCCUGUUGAAAGCAAUUUGUUCUGUGAUGAUGCAAAGUGCUGAAAAUGUGUGGAUUGAUAUGGGCUCUUGGUCAUAAUUUUUCCUGUAAUUUGUGAGAAGGUUAGGAACUCAAUUGAAAUAUCAUUCGAAGUGAGCAGCACGUAUUCAGUUCGUGACCACCAUUAAGCACCCAAUGAUUUGAAAUAUGGUCAUAUUAAAUGACAGGGGAAGCCUUUAAUACAUGUGGUAUAUUCAACUUCUGUCAUUUUAAAUUGUAAUAGACAUAAAACACUCAGUUAUAAAACCCUGUAAAAUUACAAUGUGAGCUUUUUUUAUUGCCAAACUAGAAUUGUGCUGCAGUCAUCUAGAAUCAAAAGGGUUAUAUUUCCAUUUGUGUAUAAGACAAAUUACACUUUCAAAAUAAGGUCACUUUUUUGGUUUAUUCUUCAAUGUAAUAAAUACUUGAUGCUUCUCAUGCAGUUACCUACAAAUGGCGAUCAUUAAAGAAACCCUUGCAGGUAUGAUAUUUUACGAUGAGGAGUAAGACGAGGGAUGCGUGACAGAUAAAGUCCUCAUAAUUCAGAUCAUGAAAUGACUUUUCUGUCAUGUAUUUUUAUAAUGCAAAUUUUUACCCUGUUAUUAAUUGUUAAUAGAAAAUUUGCAAAUAAAACUGAGUGCCUUGUAUUGAAA